AUGUUUGUCACAAACGACGAUGUUUGGAAGACCAUCGUUUGUUCUCUCGUCAUCUGGUUUAGUGGUGGUGCUUGCGAGAUAACCGACACGCCACUGACGUUGACCAUCGUUAUUGAUGCCGUGUUGCUUGAUAUCGUCGUCACUUGUUGGGUUUGCGCGGAGACAUUUUGUGUCAAUACAACGGCGGAUAACGUUGGUCCUUUAGUGAUUGGUCUCCAUAAUCCGCUCAUUGGAGCAAUAGUUAUUGUUGAGCCGUCUUGUUGUGGUGUUUUACCGGUAACUGGUGUGAAGAUGGGAGCAAUAAUUGGUUCCAACGACAUCAUAGGCCUGAUGGGGCUCGUCGAUGUCCUACCAGCUCCACCGGUGUCACCGGAUGCCAUCUUCAGGUGUUGA